CUAGAUUGAUUUGGUGCCCUACAGUAUGAAUAUAUUACGCAGACAGCGUGCUGUAGCUUAGAUAGAUCAUGCAAACACCCCAAACGGUCAUUUUCAUCCAGUCUCAAGGGUUUCCAGGAAAAUUAGGAGCUUUUCACACGCGCCUAGCUGUCGCAAAGCUGCUGCCCAACCCAUGGCCAACGAUCACCUCAGGCGUAGGUACACAUGUAAAGCAGAGCCGGGUCAACACUAACAGGUUUCCUCGCACCUAUGAUCUCAUUUCAGCUUUCUUCACGCAUAUCUCUCUUCCGCCGAGAUACUUACCAAUUGGCGCAUGCAACACAGUCCCAAUCGCUCUUCCCUCUUCCGCUCCAAUCCCACUCUCCAAUAACUCCCCCAACGUCAUAUCUUGCCUCAACUCCCUCCUCGUGAUGGGGUGGAGAAUGUCGACCCAAGCACUAGCACUGCUGUUGGCCAUGGUGUUGCAGCCGGCCGCGGAAUUGGAGUUAGGGGUGGCCAUGGGAGGGAACCCGUUGAUUUCGAGGAGACGGGCGUGGAGGGUUGAAAGGGUGAGGGUGGGAUCGGAGAAGGUUAGGGAGAAGGGGGCGUGAGUCCAGACGCAGCGGAUGAAGAUACGGAAGGUUGGGGGAGAGGUGGUGGGUGUGGAGGAGGUGAUGGGCAUUGCCAUGGUCAUUGUGGGAACGUUAGGACGGGGAGCGGUGUAUGUGUUCAUCUUGUAAGGAGCAGAGACGUAUCGUUCAUCGAU